UUGUUGGCCUCCAGCCAUGACAGACAAAGAGGCUGUUUGCGUUGGGGUCCGGCUGAGACCGUUCGUUGCCUACGAACAGGGGCAGCAGCAGUGUUUGACCAUUUCUGACAAUGUCGUGCAGGUAGAUCCCAGCGUGGCGGAGCAAUCCGCCAAGGCCAAAGUCUCGGAGUUUGCCUUCGACUGUGCCAUGGAUAGCACCGAUCCCAUGGCACCCAGCUACGUGUCACAGGACAAGUGCUACCAACUAAUGGCCAAGAGGAUGGUCGAUCAUGUUCUCUCGGGAUAUUUCAGCUGCUUGUUCUGCUAUGGGCAGACUGGCACGGGAAAGACCACCACCAUCAUGGGAAAGGUGGAACCUGUGUCGGAGCAGGGCCUGCUGUUGCGGCUCAUGAACGAUCUGUUCACGGAGAUGAAUCGCUUAGAAAGCGAAGGAUCGGAGGUGCACUGCAAGGUGCAAAUGCUAGAGGUCUACAACGAAAAGGUAAGAGACCUGCUGGUGCCAAUGAACAGCAAAGAUGGAAAGGAUGGGAAGGGACGACAACAUCCUGAAGUGCACGUGCAUCCCAAGCUUGGCGUGUAUGUGAAAGGUGUAGCUGACGAGCCCGUGGACUCCUUUGAGAAUUGUGUGCAACUCAUUGAGUACGGCAAUACCAUGAAGACAGUUGCAGCAACUGCAAUGAAUGCCAAGAGUUCGAGAGCACACACCAUCUUCAAGUUGAUGGUUGAGAAGCGGGGCGGCACGGACAACACCAUCGUCACUUCGGAGGCCUUUUUCGUGGACUUGGCAGGGCGGGAGAACGAGAAGACCACCAAGGUAUCUGGCGAGAGACUCGUGGAGCUUACCUUCAUCAACCAGAGCUUGAUGUGGCUGGCCAGCUGUAUCCAAGCCUUAGCCAAGCCGGAUAGCCGCAAGAGCAUGGCCCCUGGGGCGGCGGCCACGAAUCUGAUGUCGCGUUUCAGGAAUUCCAAGUUGACGCUGCUGCUCUCCAAUGCCUUGAGUGGCAACAGCAAGACCUCCAUGAUCGGCACCUUAAGCCCAGCCUUGGCGAAUUUCGAGGAGAGCUACAGCACCUUGACCUUCGCCUCGACGGUGAAGAACAUCAAAAUCAAGGCGAAACCCGCCUCGGCGGUGGAUAAAGAUGCGCUGGUGAAGAGCUUGCAGGAAGAGUUGCAACACUUGAAGGAGCAGCUCGCGGAAUCCGAAGAGAAGACUCAUGCGGAUGCCUUGACGGACAAAUUGGAGGCCACUGAAGCCUUGAUGGAACGCUACCGCAAGGGCUGGGAGGAGGCGCAAAGCGAGGCCAAGCGUUUGAUGUCGCAGCGCGGCGCGGAUCUGGAGAAGUUGGGCGCGCCUCGGUGGAGCUGGGCCGUGCAUAGUGUGUUGGCGCGCACCAAGGAGGACUCGAAGAGGAUCCCGCAUUUGGCGAAUUAUUCGGAUGAUCCUCACAUGUGUGGCAGGCUUAUGUUCCACCCAUUGCAGGUGGGACGGGAAUAUUCCCUGGGUUUCAACCAGAAGGUCUGUGACUUUCUCGUUCCUCACGGCCUGGGCAUCCAGCAGGUAACCUGCUACAUCCAGCGCGACGCCACGGGACGCCUCUUCCUUCGCCCUGCUGCUGCGGCGGAGCCCAGCGAGCGAUCCAGCAGCGAGGAUGAGAACAGCGAGGACGACGAGGAAUGGCAGCCGCCACUGAAGAGUUCACUGGUGGCCUGCAUUGAGGUGAACGGCCGUCGCCUGCAGGAACUGGAAGCCAUUGAGCUACAGCAUUUGGAUCGUGUGGUGCUGGGGCGGUCAGUGUGUCUCUAUGCCUUCCUACAGCCUGGCAGUUCCAUUCAUGACCUUCCAGCUGAGAAGCUUCCGAUGGCACGGCCUUCGCAGCAGGAGUCUUUGAUCCUGGACAUCCUGGGGAAAGAAAGGGCUGAAGAGCCCGGGCAGCUGCAAAUGGCCUUGAAAUUCAUGUCAGAGUUGAAGCAGAAUAACUUGGACUCCGAUGGGGCGACCUCGGUCCAGGAGUUCCUGUUGAUGGCACGGAAGGCGGCGCAGAUGGUGGAGGAAGCGAACCAAAUUACUGCGGAAGUGAAACCUGGAGGGCAAACCAAUCUGAAGUUCGAGCUCUGCGCCAUUGCACCCAUCCUGGCGCUGGGCUAUGGGCGUUCCUGCUGCCCUGAGCUCAGCGUCCGGCUGGUGCGGCACAUCUCCCAGGUCCAGGCCAAGGCCAAGGAAUCGGCCCUGAAAGCCAGGAGGGCAUCAAUGCAUUCCAGUGAGAUCCUGCUGGAACAGUUCUCCUCUGGCACUGGGAGCAUCGACACUGACUCGGUGGAAGUUCUUUACAACUGGACUUUUGAGAAAUUUUGCUCCCGCUUGCAGAUUAUGCAAGAAGUGUGGCAGGCCCACAGCCAAGACCCAGAGAACUUUGAUCUGGACGAAUUCAACCAUCCUUGGUCAGAGCAAGGUCCUAGUGAGCUCGCGGAAUUGCGGCAACGGUACGACAGCCUGCGUGACAGCAUCGUAUCAGCUGGGACUCCCUUGCGAUCGGUGCAACACAUGCAACACAUGUCACCAAACCAAACGGGGACCCUCACGCCCUUUGGCAUGCACGUGAGGAGGUCCAAUGACAGGUUGGAAGAAGAGAACCAGCGGCUACGUCAGCAGGUGAGUGAGUUGAGCAGUGCCCUGCAUUCGCGCAGUGGGUUUCGAUCCCCUUCCAGCAUGGCUGGCCCCAAUGACACUGCCAUGGCUGGUGGCCCUGGGGGUCUUCCAUUGAGCAACAGCACAACUGAAGUGCCAAGCUCAUUGAAAGGAAUCCUGGACUUGUCAAAGACCAAUUUGCUCUUGGUGCUUGACUUGUUUGAUACACUCUCCCGGCUCAGCAGUGGCAUGCUGAAUGCCUCAGCUGCCUGCCUGGGGACCACACCAGACGAUAGUCCUGCACUGAGCGAGGCCAGAAAGCGACUGGCUGAGGCAUCCUCAGACUUGGCAGCCUUUUUUGCUGAAACUUCGCCAAAUUUGGGCCCUGUCGGCUUGGAAUCUCUGAAGAGCGUGGUUGCAGGUCCCAGUGCUCCAGUUCCAGCGCGACCGAUGGCCCCCAUCACCAUGCCAUAUCCGGUGAAUCCGGUGUCGUCUCCGGUGGCUUUCAGCCCCAGAGUUUUAAACCCAUCAUUUCCGGUGACUGCAGUGCCAGGCACAAGCGCACCUGGCGCACCUCACAUGGUCACCAUGCCUGGGGUCGUUCCUUUGCCACUGGGCCAUGUGGCCCCCCUAGGCCCCCCUGGUCCUGCCAUGGUGGCCGGCUCGCCGGCCAGAAACGGCGGGCUGGUGGCGCAGACCACGCCCAAGGUGGAGGGCCGCGCUCCACCGAUCAAGUUUCACUCCAACAAAUGAUUGAUUCAAUCCAAAGUUUGCAGGGAGAAAAAA